AUCGCAUCCAUUUUAAUUUAGCAGUUAUUUUACUAAGAUCGCCAGUCAUUAUUUUGAAAAAAAAUAUUUGGUCUGGUCCCGGAAACGUGUUUUUGAUAUGGCUGUGGAGUUUUGUUUGUCAAUGAGCUGAGUGUUUCGCCACGUUUUUGCCUAGGAAAGAUAAAAAAUGGUAAAUUGACAGAAGAUAUGUCAAGCAAAGCACGUAAACGAUAACUGUCAUACAACGGAAGACAUCGAUUUCCCAUUCAGAAACUAAAAUGACUUUUAGGAGGGAGCGAAAUAUUAGAGAGAUUUAUGAGGACCGGUUUCAUUCAGACAGAGGGGGUCCAUUUCCAAGAGGAGCUCAAGGAGAUAGGAGAGGUCACUUUGGGCGGCCGGAGGAAGACUAUGGCCGUGGUGGUUUUGAAUACGAAGGCUCUCGGUUUUACCCAAACGGUGCUCCUCGCAACUACCAUGGAGAUGAUCAGAGAGGUUACCAUGGAGACAGCCAUCACUCAUUUUCAAAUGACCACAGAGGCGGGCCACCUGGUCGAAGGGUAAGCAUCAAAGAUCAGGAAGACUUCCAAUACUACAGAGGGCCAAGAGAGGAACUUCAUGGUGGUCGCCAAAUGGACUUUAGACCGAGUAAUCGCGCUGGUCCUCCCCCAAACGCUCGAGUCCAGGGUUCUUACCCUCCGCCCAGGGCUCUGCCAGCAAUAGUCCCCGAUGCAGGAGAUGACAAUCUCAUGCAGGCCAUAAUGAACCUGGACCGGGGGGAGGAGCGGGACAACUUGAGACGAAAGGCACCCUUCCCGCCAGUACGUGACCGCUCUCCAGCCCGCCGGGACGUCCCCCCUUCCCCUCACAGUCGGUCGGGGUCCAGCAUAAGUAGCCGCAGCUACUCACCAGAGCGGGCCAAAGCGCACCCUAUCUUGCCCCAGCAGGGGAAAAGAUAUGAGGAGCCGAUUGGGCUAGGCAGAGGACCGGACAAGGAAAGGCCCCCCGUCCCCUCCGUGAGUGCAUCACGAGAUGGUUCGCCCCAUAGCUCUGUAUCAGUCACUAAGGAGGAAAUGCCAUCGGUGGAAGGGCCCACAGAUGAAGUUCAGGCCACUGUGGAUGAAGCGUCAUCCGUCAUGGACGACUUUCAGGAGCGACGAGCUCAAGCUAUUGCUGCCAAGGCUCGGGAAAUUGAGAAGGUCUAUCGCCAGGACUGUGAGACGUUUGGCAUGGUGGUGAAGAUGCUUGUGUCCAAGGAACCCACCUUAGAGAAGCACCUGCAGAACCCACUAAAAGAGAACCUGGUUGAGAUCCGUGAGCGAUGCCUUGCGGACUUGCAACACUUCAUUGCUGAACUCGAUGAGGUGGUUCGACAGCCUGAACCUGCUGUCUAAGGUGGCUCCAUUUUACUUGGCCAGCAGAUUUGUUGUUUAUCUCUGAACCUACAUGAGAGUCCUUCAUUGUUUUUAUGACUUAUGUAAAGGCUAUUGUACAUUGUGUAAUCCAGUGUCCCCCUCAAAGAAAUCUUCCAGGGGCAAGGAAAAUCUCUUUAUAUUUUUCAUUUAUGUAGUCCCAUUUAUCCAUUGAUGAUAGAUUGUAUAAUCUGUUUGUAACCUUUCAACAUUGAGUAAUACAAAAAAGAUUGCAAACACAAGGAACUGAAUGCCAGAAGAGGAUUUGCUCUGUUCCUUAUUUGUUGCAGAAGCUAAGGAGGUUUAUUAACCCAUUGAGGAGAUAAUGCUUGUCCUGAUCAAUUAUGUAUAAAUUGAAAGGGUUCUAUGUUGUCGCCAAUUAAAUCACUUAAAUUCUUUCAGAGCAAUGAUAAAUGUUGAUGAAUGAAUGAUGGCAAGUAAUCUUUAUGGGUUCAGUUCAUUUCGGCUAUCUGUAGUACGGUUAAGCUGUGCAGCUGAAAAUAAUGCAUUUUCAUUUUAUUUCUAAAUCAAAUUUUCCAGCCUCUAUAUUAUGAAGCCCAACACAAGUAUUUGUGUAGUUUUUUCUUUGUAUAGUAUUAAAGAAAUUGUCUUGGAGUUAUUAUAAUGCAUGUUUUUUUUCCUUUUGAUUUAAUACACCCUUUUUGUGAUCACAUGUUAGCAAUUAAAUAAAGUUGUCUUUAAUAAUCAAA